UUCCUUACCGGCAUUUCAGUACCGUCCCGUGAAGGGGAAAGACGUCGGUGUAUUUAUUUAUUUAUUGUAGUUUGUUUUAAAUUUCGCGGAGCCAUCAUGCUCGGCCUGUGCCUUUACGUCCCGGUGUCCAACUCGGACCCGGUUGAGGUGGAAUAUUUCGAGUCUAACGGACUGCCGUCGGAGCUGAAGUCGCUCUUUAACAAACUGAGCGUGUUCCUGCCGUCUCAGGAGUUUUCAAGCUACCAACGGUGGCGAAAGAAAACUUUAAAAGGGGAAGAAAAUGACUCCGGUGGUCAGCUGGACUUUGAGGAGUUUGUUCACUAUCUGCAAGACUACGAGAAAGACCUGAAGCUUGUGGUGAAAAGUCUCGACAGGAAGAAUGCAGGCCGCGUCGAUCCCAAAGAGUUCAUGCAGUCUCUUCGCGACCUUGGUGUGCAUAUCUCCCUGCAGCACGCAGAGAAAGUCCUUAAGAGCAUGGAUAAGAAUGGAAUGAUUACAAUCAGCAGCAAAGACUGGGGCAUGUACCCGAUGGUGGAGAAGACGGAGAACAUUCCUGAGAUCAUCCUCUACUGGAAACACUCCACGAUAUUCGAUGUGGGUGAGAACCUGAUGGUGCCCGAUGAGUUCACCAUCGAGGAGAAGCAGAUGGGGAUGUGGUGGAGGCACCUGGUCGCAGGUGGAGGAGCUGGAGCCGUUUCCAGGACUUGUACCGCUCCCCUGGACAGACUCAAAGUCAUGAUGCAGGUUUAUGGAUCCAGAACCAACAACAUGUGCAUCAUGAGCGGGCUGACGCAGAUGAUCAAAGAGGGCGGCAUGAGGUCGCUGUGGCGAGGCAACGGCGUCAACGUCAUCAAAAUCGCCCCUGAGUCGGCCCUCAAGUUCAUGGCGUACGAGCAGAUUAAACGACUGAUCGGCAGCGAUAAGGAGACGCUGAGCAUCUUGGAGCGGUUUGUUGCCGGAUCUCUGGCUGGAGUGAUCGCCCAGAGCACCAUCUACCCCAUGGAGGUGCUGAAAACUCGUCUCGCUCUGAGGAAGACCGGACAGUACUCCGGUAUCUCCGACUGUGCCAAGCAGAUUUUCAGGCGAGAGGGACUCGGAGCGUUUUAUAAAGGCUACGUCCCCAACAUGCUCGGCAUCAUCCCCUACGCAGGCAUCGACCUGGCAGUGUACGAGACUCUGAAGAACAGCUACCUGCAGCAGUACGGCGCCAACAGCACCGACCCCGGCGUCUUCGUGCUGCUGGCCUGCGGCACCGUGUCCAGCACCUGCGGUCAGCUCGCCAGUUACCCUCUGGCUCUGAUCCGAACCCGCAUGCAAGCACAAGCGGCGACGGGGGGCAGCCAGCAGGUGACGAUGACGGGGCUCUUCAGGCAGAUCCUGCAGAACGAGGGCCCGACGGGGCUCUACAGAGGCCUGGCCCCCAACUUCCUCAAAGUCAUCCCGGCCGUCAGCAUCAGCUACGUCGUCUACGAGCACCUGAAGACGCAGCUGGGGGUGACCUCGCGCUGACACUCUCCCUCUUUGUCACACUGAAAGCGUGUGACAAACACCCCACGCCCCCGCCCCCUCUAUCCCACGGCUCCUACUAGGGAAUCCCAGGGACCUUUUCUGGCCCCCGCCGUAAGGGGUUUGUUGAGCCAUCUCAUUCUGUGAAUGUCAGCUGACGAAAGACGAGAAAGGACAGUGAACGUUGGAAAGGCCAAGGUGGAGGAUCUGGACUCUGUGAGCUCAGGUUGUUAUGGGGGGUUGUGACCCACGCUGCUAUUUAUGUUUUAAGAGAAGAAGGUGAAUCGAGAGCUGAAACAUGAGGAAUGUAAGUGACUGUAAAUCAAGGACCAAAUGUUUUUGCUCUUCCUGCCAUUUUGUGCUGUUGGUGCCUGAGCAAACGUCCAGUUUAUUUUCAUGUUGGUCUGACAUUGCAGGCUUCGUUCAGUUGGUCGGUUUAAUAUGCAUCGCCAGCACUCUUUGUUAAAUAACUACUUAAUUUAAAAGAAAAAUCUCCCUGUCAGAGCACAUGGCAGACGUAGCAUUAAUAAGCUCUUAAGAAGUUUUAUUCUUUAACAGUUCUGCCUGUAGGAAGAAAUGAUUGCGUCCACAAACGAGAGGGUUUUGCACAUGUGAGUUUGAUCUCUCUUCACCUCUGUCCUGGAUGAAUGGAUGACUGCCUGUGGAGUAUUUAUUUCCACCCUUCCUGUAUUUAUUGUUUUUAUUGUCGAGAAGAAAAAGCGAGAGAGAGCGGGACGUAUAUGCUGCAUGUUUCCUGUGUGAAGAGCCAAAUGUGCGAUUGAUCACAUGUUUUAAAAAGCAGUGUGGUUGUAUUCACGGUGGGAGAUUAACACCAGACGACGGCCUUAACGCGCAGCUGUCGAACACUAAACGGAGUCGUCUGGUGAGCUCUUGAAAAAGGCGUUUGCACCAACAGAAAGUUAUUUUUGUAGUUGCUCAAACAGCUUCAGAUUCUCUCUGUUAAUGUGUGUUAGAUGUGUUUUUUUUGCCCUAAAGUAUAAAUGUCUUAAUGUUCACCUCAGGUUGAAAGGGCAGUUUAUUGUUUAAUUCACUGAAAAACACAGAUAAUGCUUUUUUUUUUCUUUUUUUGGUCUCACAACAUUUAUACUUGCUGAAAAACAAGGGCUUGAAAAAGAUGAGUGACAUAAUGCACUUUAAUCAAUGCUGGAAGGGCCUCUGAAUGAAUGUUGUAUUAAGAGUUAAUUCUUUUUUGUAAAGAAUAUAUUUUAGUGUUUUAAUGGACCAUUCUGAUGCAAAUAAAUGCAAAUUCUUGUCA